AUUUUCUGAUCAUUUUGUGGCCAGCUCUUGAGUUUAAAGGAGUUUUGAAACAAAAAAUGGAGAAAAUAGUUUUAGUCGUUUUAUGCUUAAUAUUAGCAUUUAUUGGACCAUCCACAUCGACUGACAUUGAAUGUGAUUAUGGAUUUGUUGAUACUUACUCCAUUGCUGGUCAAAUCUACGAUUGCAUAGUCGACAAUAAUCCAAACAUUUUAACAGAAGAAUCAGCAAUUAUCAGCAAAGUCAGUGGACUUCAUAAUGACUCAAACAGUAACGAUGAUGUGCUUGGCAUUCGUGCUUUCAGCAAAACAAUUCAGGUCUUCCCAAAAGGAUUAGAAAUGAUUUUUAAAAAUCUUAAAGUGAUUUACAUCGAAAAUUCAGAAUUAAAAGAAAUUCAUCAAUCAGAUUUGAAAGUUUUUCCAGAUUUAAUUUAUUUUUAUUUAAAAGGCAAUGAAAUUGAAGUGAUUGAGCAAGGCUUGUUUGACUUUAAUCCUAAUUUAGAACUUGCUGGAUUUGAUGAACGGAACAUUGUUCACAUUGAUCCAAAUGUUUUUGAUAAUUUGAGUCGAUUGAGAUAUUUUUAUUUAUCUGAAGUUCCUUGUGUCAAUUGGAAAACAAUUUAUGACUCAAAAGUACAAGUUCAAGCAGCCAUAAUGGCUGUAAAGUUGAGAUGCUCAAAUUCUGAAUUUUUAACACUUGGCCAAGAAAUCGAAAAUCUUGAAAUUGAGUCAAAAACUUUAAAUUCUGAAGAAUUUCGAGGAAAACUUGAAAGCUUUGAAAAAAGGUUUGGCAGUUCUGGAUUAUCGAGUCUUCGUUCGUUUAACUACAAAUUGAAGAACCUUAGAUCAAUUAUUGACAUUCCUCAAAUCGAUCUUGUUCAAGAUGACACAAUUCCGGACAUAAAUGACAUCAAUGACAAGUCAGAAGACCUAAAACCUUCACAAUGCGAUCUACAAAGUCCUCUUAACGACCUCAAUGCUUCUCAAGAUGCAGCACAAUUUACUUUAAGUGAAAUCAAGUCUUUAGUCACUGACCAAGCAUCAGCAAUAGAUGAACUUCAAAAAUCUUCAAAAGAUCACGAAUCCAAACUCGAUCAGAUUCAAGAUUCUCAAGAAAACCUCAAAACAUCCCAAGACAUCAUGUCUGAAUCAGUUAGUUCUGAAUUCAGCAGCUUUGAAGCAUCUCAAGCUUUGUCAUUUAGUGAUUUAAGCACCAAAAUCAGUGACAUUCAGACGGUUCUUAACGAACAAAAUUCAAUUUUUUAUGAUGUUAAGGCUAUUCAAACUGCACAUGGAUCAACUCUCGAUAGCCUUAAAGCAUUUAAUGAUGAAAUUUCAAAGACAUUGACUGAUUUGGAUACAAAAUUGGAACUUAUUGAAGAGAACUUGACUAAAGAAUGUCAAAAUGAUGAAAUUAAGGAGGAACUUGAACUGUUUCGUGACAUUCUGACGACCGCAAUGGAAACAAAAAUGAAGGAAGUCGAAAAUCGAUUGAUGAACAAAAUGGAAAAAAUUCUUAAAGCUCUUUACAUAUUUUAAACUUCAAACAUCUAAGGCAGUGGUGGACAACCUUUUUUAGUUCCAUGGCUCACCUUUUUGGUAUGUCAUGACCAAAACUGCACACAGCAGUUCUGUUGAAUUUACACUAGUGUGCCGCGGCACAUGGGUUGUGCAUCACUGAACUAAGAAUUUUAAAAUUUUGAAUUUGAAUAAAUUUGUCUAAAAUAUUUUAUAAUCAAUUUUAAAAUGUU